AUGCCUCAUUUCUGCCGACAGGUGAUUCAGAUUAACUUUGAGGAGUUUGACCUAGAACUGGGCUAUGACACACUAACCAUCGGUGAUGGAGGGGAAGUCGGAGAUCCCAAAACCAUUUUGCAAGUUCUGACAGGCAGCUUUGUUCCAGACCUCAUCGUUAGCAUGACCCAUCAGAUGUGGCUUCACCUCCAGUCUGAUGAAAGCGUGGGAUCUAUAGGCUUCAAGAUCAACUACAAAGAAAUUGACAAGGAGAGCUGUGGGGACCCAGGCACCCCUCUGUAUGGGAUGAGAGAAGGAGAUGGAUUCUCUAAUGGUGAUGUGCUACGCUUUGAGUGCCAAUUUGGAUUUGAGCUUAUUGGAGAGAAGACAAUAUCCUGUCAGAACAACAACCAGUGGUCUGCCAACAUCCCCAUUUGCAUUUUUCCCUGUCUUUCAAACUUCACUGCAUCCAUGGGCACAGUCCUCUCUCCGGAUUACCCAGAGGGUUAUGGGAACAACCUUAACUGUGUGUGGCUGAUCCUAUCAGAGCCCGGCAGCCGUAUCCACUUGGCCUUCAAUGACUUUGACCUAGAGGCUCCAUACGACAUCUUGACCGUGAAGGAUGGAGAGAUGCUUGACUCGUCUGUGCUUGGCCGUUUCACUGGGGCGGAAGUGCCAUCCCACCUCACAAGCAACAACAACAUUCUCCGGCUGGAGUUCCAGGCUGACCACUCUAUGUCAGGCAGAGGUUUCAACAUUACCUACACCACAUUUGGCCAUAAUGAGUGUCCGGAUCCAGGAGUCCCUCUGAACGCCAGACGUUUUGGUGACAGUUUCCAGCUAGGCAGCUCCAUCUCGAUCAUCUGCGAGGAUGGUUUCAUUAAGACCCAGGGAGCAGAAACCAUCACUUGUGAGCUGAAUGGUGGCAAGGUGAUGUGGAGCGGCCCCAUCCCAAAGUGUGAAGCUCCCUGUGGAGGCCACUUUUCAGCUCCUAGUGGAGUUAUUUUAUCUCCUGGAUGGCCUGGUUACUACAAAGAUUCGCUCAACUGUGAGUGGGUCAUAGAGGCUGAACCAGGACGCUCUAUCAAGAUCACAUUUGAGAAAUUUCAGACAGAGUUGAAUUGUGAUUUCCUGGAGCUUCACGAUGGGCCCAAUCUUCUCUCUCCUCUAAUUGGCGCCUUCAAUGGCACCCAGGUGCCUCAGUUUCUAUUUAGCAGUGGCAACCACCUGUACAUGCUUUUCACCACUGACAACAGCCGCUCAAACAGUGGCUUCAAGAUCCUGUAUGAAAGCGUUACGAUAGAUGCCUACUCAUGCCUGGAUCCAGGGAUUCCAGUCAAUGGUCUUCGUUACGGUCAGGACUUCUCCAUCGGCUCCACUGUGUCUUUCGGCUGUGACUCGGGUUACCGCCUCAGCCAUGAAGAGCCAUUGGUCUGUGAAAAGAAUCACUGGUGGAGCCACCCGCUACCCACCUGUGACGCACUCUGCGGGGGUGAUGUUCGAGGACCGGGAGGCACCAUCCUAUCCCCGGGAUACCCUGAGGUCUACCCCAGCUCCCUUAACUGCACCUGGACUGUGGAGGUUAGCCAUGGCAAAGGCGUUCAGUUCAGCUUUAACACCUUCCACCUGGAGGAUCAUCAUGACUACCUCCUCAUCACAGAGAAUGGGAGUUUUGUUCAGCCGCUCGCCCGCCUCACAGGUGCAGAGCUGCCCUCGCCCAUCAACGCAGGGCUCUAUGGCAACUUCAAGGCCCAGCUCCGCUUCAUAUCUGAUUUUUCCAUCUCCUACGAAGGUUUCAACAUCACAUUUUCAGAAUACAAUCUGGAGCCAUGUGAGGAUCCAGGAGUGCCACAUUUUGGGCGCCGUAACGGUUACAGCUUUGGCAUUGGAGAUACUCUUACCUUCUCUUGCAAUAUGGGCUACCGCCUGGAGGGAGCACCAGAAAUCAUUUGCCUGGGAGGGGGUCGGCGCAUGUGGAGCGCACCUCUGCCAAGGUGUGUUGCUGAGUGUGGCUCAUCUGUCAUCAACAAUGAAGGGAUUCUGCUGUCACCGAAUUACCCCAUGAAUUACGAGAACAACCACGAGUGCAUUUACAGCAUACAGGUGCAGGCUGGGAAAGGAAUCAACAUUUCUGCCAGAACCUUCCAUCUGGCCCAGGGUGACAUUCUGAAGAUCUAUGAUGGUAAAGACAACGCAGCUCACAUGCUGGGGGCCUUCACCGGUUCAUCUAUGCUGGGUCUGACCCUCAUCAGCACAUCCAAUCACCUUUGGCUGGAGUUCUACAGUGAUGCAGAGGCCACAGGAGAAGGCUUCAAGCUGGUCUAUUCCAGUUUUGAGCUCUCUCACUGUGAGGACCCCGGGGUGCCCCAGUUUGGCUUCAAGGUCAACGACCAGGGCCACUUCUCUGGCAGCACCAUCACCUACAAGUGCGACCCCGGGUACACACUGCACGGCAGCGGCGUGCUCAAAUGCAUGACAGGAGAGAGGCGGGCCUGGGAUAAUCCUCUUCCUUCCUGCAUCGCUGAAUGCGGUGGACGUUUUAAAGGGGAGACAUCAGGGCGCAUUUUGUCGCCAGGUUAUCCGUUCCCCUAUGACAACAAUCUACGUUGUACCUGGGUCGUCGAGGUGGAUUCGGGCAACAUCAUCAGCCUGCAGUUUUUAGCCUUCGACACUGAAGCGUCCCACGACAUCCUGAGGGUAUGGGACGGUCCUCCAGAAAAUGAGAUGUCUUUGAGGGAGGUGAGCGGCUCUCUGCUGCCUGAGAACAUUCACAGCACCCUCAACAUGGUUACCAUUCAGUUCGAGACAGACUUCUACAUCAGCAAAUCUGGAUUUGCCAUUGAGUUCUCAAGUUCAGUGGCCACGGCCUGCAGGGAUCCAGGAGUGCCUAUGAACGGCAGUCGUAAUGGAGAUGGUCGGGAGCCUGGAGACACUGUGACCUUUCAGUGUGAUCCUGGCUAUGAACUCCUGGGAGAAGAAAAGAUUACAUGCAUACAAGUGGAAAACCGCUACUAUUGGCAACCAAGCCCUCCUGUCUGUAUAGCUCCGUGUGGGGGCAAUCUCACUGGUUCCUCUGGGUUUAUUCUGUCACCCAACUUCCCUCAUCCAUACCCACACAGCAAGGACUGCGACUGGCUCAUAGCCGUCAACUCUGACUACGUCCUGUCUCUUGCAUUCAUCAGCUUCAGCAUAGAGCCCAACUACGACUUCUUGUAUAUCUACGAUGGACCGGACAGCAACAGCCCACUGAUCGGGAGCUUUCAGGACAGCAAGCUUCCGGAACGAAUAGAGAGCAGCUCCUAUACCAUGUACCUGGCCUUUCGCAGUGAUGGCUCUGUCAGCUACACCGGCUUCCACCUGGAGUACAAAGCUAAGCUGAGGGAGUCAUGCUUUGAUCCCGGUAAUGUGAUGAAUGGCACUCGGUUGGGCAGUGACUACAAGCUGGGCUCCACUGUGACCUUCUACU